GUCAGGUGGAGGAUCCCUUUCCCUCCCGCCCUGAUUUUGCCGGGGAGGGGGUGCCCUGAGCCCGAGUAGCAGCCAGCCUGGGAGCUGGACCAUGUUGGCCGCAGACAGCCCCCUGGUGAAGGUCCCCGUCGGCUUUGGGAGGUAGACACAGGUCUGCCUCACAGGGCUGAGGUGGGACCGGAGGAUUUCAGGGGCAGAGUUCUGGAAAGGAAAGGAAGGUUGAAGACCCAGCCAGCACUGGGGGUGGGGCCCUGGCCAGCUCGUGGCGUUCCCAGAGCCUGCUUCCCGACUGUGAAAGGGGGUGAUGAUCUUCACCUCCCGGCAUCCCGGGCAGUCAAGCAGGUUGGGGGCGCCUGCCCCCCAGUAGGCCAAGUGGAGGGGGUCCCUCCGCCCAAUGGGCCUGGCCAGGGCCCUACGCCGCCUCAGCGGCGUCCUGGAUUCGGGAGACAGCCGGGCUGGCGAUGAAGAGGAGGCCGGACCGGGGCUGUGCCGCAACGGGUGGGCGCCGGCGCCGGUGCAGUCACCGGUGGGCCGGCGCCGUGGUCGCUUCGUCAAGAAGGACGGGCACUGCAACGUGCGCUUCGUGAACCUGGGCGGCCAGGGCGCGCGCUACCUGAGCGACCUGUUCACCACGUGCGUGGACGUGCGCUGGCGCUGGAUGUGCCUGCUCUUCUCCUGCUCCUUCCUCGCCUCCUGGCUGCUCUUCGGCCUGGCUUUCUGGCUCAUCGCCUCGCUGCACGGCGACCUGGCCGCCCCGCCACCGCCCGCGCCCUGCUUCUCGCACGUGGCCAGCUUCCUGGCCGCCUUCCUCUUCGCGCUGGAGACGCAGACGUCUAUCGGCUACGGCGUGCGCAGCGUCACCGAGGAGUGCCCGGCCGCUGUGGCCGCCGUGGUGCUGCAGUGCAUCGCCGGCUGCGUGCUCGACGCCUUCGUCGUGGGCGCCGUCAUGGCCAAGAUGGCCAAACCCAAGAAGCGCAACGAAACGCUGGUCUUCAGCGAGAACGCCGUCGUGGCGCUGCGUGACCACCGCCUCUGCCUCAUGUGGCGCGUCGGCAACCUGCGCCGCAGCCACCUGGUGGAGGCCCACGUGCGGGCCCAGCUGCUGCAGCCUCGUGUGACCCCAGAGGGGGAGUACAUCCCGCUGGACCACCAGGAUGUGGACGUGGGCUUUGAUGGAGGCACCGAUCGUAUCUUCCUCGUAUCCCCCAUCACCAUCGUCCAUGAGAUCGACUCAGCCAGUCCUCUGUAUGAGCUCGGACGCGCUGAGCUGGCCAGGGCUGACUUUGAGCUGGUGGUCAUUCUCGAGGGGAUGGUUGAGGCCACAGCCAUGACCACACAGUGUCGCUCAUCCUACCUCCCUGGUGAACUGCUCUGGGGCCAUCGUUUUGAGCCAGUUCUCUUCCAGCGUGGCUCCCAGUAUGAGGUCGACUAUCGCCACUUCCAUCGCACUUACGAGGUCCCGGGGACGCCGGUCUGCAGUGCUAAGGAGCUGGAUGAACGGGCAGAGCAGGCUUCCCACAGCCUCAAGUCUAGCUUCCCUGGCUCUCUGACUGCGUUUUGUUAUGAGAAUGAACUUGCUCUGAGCUGCUGCCAGGAGGAAGAUGAGGACGAUGAGGCCGAGGAGGGGAACGAGGAGGAGACAGAAGAUGGGGCUUCCAGCCCCGGAGUUCUCACACCAACCCUGGCGCUGACCCUGCCUCCAUGAUGCCGACAGAUGUCCCCUUCCCCAUGUGUGCCCCCUUCCCCGAGGUAGCAAGAUGGAGAGAUAGGGUUCUCUCCUGGGACGGGGGCAUGUGUUCUCGAAGACCAACAGGCCUGCUGGGUAAAUGACGAGGUGGUAAGGUUCUGCUGUGCCUGGUGACCUGCCACGGACGUAUCGGACCUUAACUCCUCUGCUUCUGUGCUCCCUCCUGAGACCCCUUUAUGAGCCCAAUUCCUGAGUCUCACCAGAAUUCUGGAUCACCCAAGAGGAAAAGACUGGUGUUCUAGAUUCUUCUGUAUGGGUGGAACUGGAUUGCUACCAGGGUGAGAAACCAGUGGUAUAGACCACCUCUGGGGGAGCAAGUUGGUAGUUCUUGGACAGCAUCACAGAUCAAGGGUUUGUAGGACUGGAUUCACCUAAGAUUCAAGGGAGUGUUGCUUCUCAACUCAGCCAACCGAGCAGCAAAACACUGGUUGUAGACCACCUAGGAGGGAAGGCUAUGGAAUGCCCCAGGCCUUCAAGAUCAUCUUGGUUGACCAAAGGGGAAAAAAAAAAAAAUGCUGACUGCAAGUUAAGAAGAGACCUGUGGUUCCAGAAAGCCCAUUGGUUGAGAUUCUGUGAGUCUAGGUUGACCACAGAAGCAAGCACUGGUGAUUCUAGGACAGGUUUGACCUGGAGAGUUGAACUGCUCCAGAAACUAAAGAGUAAUGUUUCUAGAAUGCACAAAACAUGGGUGAGUCUGUGGGUUCAGAAAGGCUAAAGUGACAGAUUAGGAGUUCUUGACAUGAGAUGACUCCGUCUUUGGGCUGUAGAGCAUCCAGCCAAGAGAAUAAGCAAUGUUUCUAAAGGAUCCACAGGGUGGGUUGUUUUUUUUAAAGUGCCAUUCUAGAAUGUCUAAAGGGAAUCAGGAUUCUGUGGGUCUAGACUGAUUAGAGUCGAGGAGGCAGGGGCCAUUCCGGAUGGCUGAGAUUUUCCUGGUUCCAGUUUGCCCAGUGGAGUUGAGAAUCUCGAUGAUUCUAGAUGACGUCUUGUGGUUCUGUAAUGCCAAAAGGAAGUAAGGCUCCGGGGAUCCAGAGUUGUCCGUGACCAAAGCCUGGACGUUGUCGUCACCUCCAGGUGGACUGCUUGGCAGUGCUAGGAAGUGGACUCAGGACUUGAGAAGCAGCAUUUCUGGGCUGACCGAGGAGGUGAGGGUUCAGGCUAGACCCUGGAGGGCACAGGGCUGAUCAGUGGACAAAGGAAGGGCUGGUGAGUCUAGAAUGCUCUGGAACCCUGCACCUAGUGAUAUGUGUCUAUUUCUUUCUUUCUUUCUUUUCUUGAGACAGAGCCUCACUCUGUCACCCAGGCUGGAGUGCAGAGGUGCGGCCUCAGCUCACUGCAACCCCCGUCUCUCAGCUGCAAGCGAUUCUCCUGCCUCAGCCUCCCAAGUGGCUGGGAUUACAGGCGUGAGCCACUACGCCCGGCUAAUUUUUGUAUUUUUCAUAGAGACAGGGUUUCGCCAUGUUAGCCAGGUUGGUCUUGAACUCCCAACCUCAGAUGACCCACCCACCUCAGCCUCCCAAAGUGCUGGGAUUACAGGCGUGAGCCACCAUGCCCGGCCAUUUGUCUACUUCUUAAAGAUGUUAUACAUAUAUGUGUAUUAUAUAUAUAUAUAAUAUAAAUACGGAUAUCUAUUUUUUCCCCUGGUCCUACAACAGGCUUAAAAAUGGAGUGCUAGCUAAUUGGAAUGAGGCCCUUUUCAAGGGCCCGCGAAGCUUUGCUGUAAAUCCCAGUGCCGCCCCAACUACUGUGUCCCUUCAGACUCCGCUUCAUGUCAGUUUCCCCAUCUGUAAAGUCCUUCAGGGGCCUUUCCAGGAGGAUGAGUCCUCACCUCAUCAAGGAUGGGAUGGGGAUUUGAGUCCUGGGGAUUUUCCUGCUCUGCCCAGUGCUCGAUCGUACGCCGGGGGGAGGUUGGGAUGGAAGACACUCAGGGAGGCUGGCUCUGAACUCAGGUGUCUGACUCACAGGGCAAGGGUAGGCGUGGGCUGUGGCUCCCAGCCAGAGUCCCUUCUCUGGCCCAGCUUGGGGACCUGGGAAGGAGGAAGUAGCUCUGGACACCAAGGUUCUUCCCUACUAUGGGGGAGUGAGUGUUUUAGGGGGAGACCUGUCCCCCAGAUUAAAGAAUUAGGAGCCC